AUGAGCGAUAAGAACGAAGAAGAUAAGAAAAACAAUCUCUAAAACUUGCCAAUUAGAGCUUAUUUAGAUUAAACUGUGGUCCCUUUACUCUUAUAGAGUUUGACUGAAUUAGUUAGAGAAAGACCUGCCAAUCCAAUUGAAUUCGUCGCUUAAUAUUUAUUAGCUAACAAUCCUGAAAAUGCAUAAGCUCAGGAGAAAAAGUGA